AUGGGCUCUAUGGGCACUUCGGACCGUUGCAAGGUCAUUGUUGUCGGCGCUGGUCUCGGCGGCUGCGCGACCGCCCUAGCUCUGCACCAUGCCGGCUUCGAGGUCGUCGUGUAUGAGAAGCUCCGUAGGUUUAUGCGGUUAGGCGACUCUCUGGGGCUGGGGGAGAAUGCUCUGAAGCUGCUGGACCGCUGGUCGCCCGGCCUCCGGGAAGACCUGGUUGAGAUUGGCAAUAAGAGCAAGUACAUGCAGAUCCGACGCUGGGAGGACGGUCAGCUGCUUGCGCAGCAGGAGCUGAUGGACAUGGCCGGCUUCAUUGGGCAUCGCGGUGAUUAUCAUGAUGCUUUCCUGAAGGCGGUUGCUAAGGAGAGCAUUCCGUUGCAUAUGAGUAGCGAGGCGAGUGGCAAGGCUGAACGAACGCAGGGGAACUCGGCUUACGACAGCGAGAGGCCGAAGAUCACGUUGGCAGAUGGGACUGUUGACGAUGCAGAUAUCAUCGUUGCUGUUGAUGGCAUCAAGUCUCCGGCCCGGGAAUUGGUACUGGGUUUCGAUGAUAAGCCAAAAGCUUCGGGCUACGCAUGCUUCCGCGCCUUCUUCAAAGCCGAACACAUCCGCGACGACCCCAACAGCUCCAAGUACGCCAAAGAAGAAUGCGUCAAUUUCUGGAUAGGAGAGGACGUUCACGUGGUGCAGAACACGCUCCGUGGCGGUGCCGAGUUCAACUGGAUCUUGACCCACAAGGACACGGAAGACAUCAAAGAGUCGUGGUUCCAGCCCGGCGACAUGGACCAGGUUCGCGACAUCAUCAAGGACCUUGACCCUGAGAUCGCCCCCAUUCUGGCCCAGACGAAAGAGUGCUUGGAUUGGAAGAUCUGCUACCGAGAUCCCAUACCGACUUGGGUGAGCAAGAAUCACAGGAUAGUCUUGCUCGGCGACUGUUGCCACCCUCAUCUGCCGACGAGCGCUCAGGGCGCAAGCCAAGCCACCGAGUCGGCGGGCGUGCUCGCUCAAUGUCUACUGUUGGCUGGGAAGGACAACGUACCUCUGGCGACGCGCGUCUACGAGAAGCUGAGGUUCCCACGCACCAGAAUCUCGCAGACGGCAGGCGAGGAUCUGCGGGAUCGAUGGCACAGCGUGCUGAAGAACUUGGACAAGGGCGUACUGCCGAAGCCGGAAGACGUGCAUGUCAAGAACCGUCACUUGUAUGACUACGACGCAGAACUGGAGACGCAUAAGCAGUGGCCCGAGCUGUCGAAACGGGUGGGCUCGGAGCUGGAACAGGGGCGGAUCCUUCCUUUGUGCUAG